UAUCAAUUGGGUUGAUUGCUUUAUGGUCUGGAGCCACCACUGGACCCCUACAUUGCAAAUCCCACUUUCUUUGUCUACCUAAUUUGAUCUAGGGAUCUGACAUGUAAUCUAUAUGACAUAAGAUGAAUAGAUUUAGUUAAAUUACAAAUCCAUUAGGUUCUGAUUAAGAUCUUUGAGAUUUACUGUGCUAUAGGAACUGAUUGUGAUUGAAGCGCUUCAGAAAACAUUUUGGCCGUUUCUUGAUUUCCCUGUUUGAGGAUAUACCCACAGCACCCUGUUUGGCUGCUGAGAAAAAAAAAAAGAUCGAAUGAAUUGAAGCCCAAUACAAGUAAUUUUCGUAAUUGCUGAAGUUUUCGCUAUUUGGGUGUCGGAAUACUUUCAGUUCCCUAUGCACUAUCAUCAGGAGGGUGGUUGAGCUUACUACUACUUUUUGUCAUCGCUGCUGUCACCUUCUAUACCGGCUUGCUAAUAAAGAGAUGUAUGGAUGUAGAUCCACACGUUAGAAGUUAUCCAGACAUAGGCGAGCUAGCAUUUGGAAACAAGGGAAGAAUGGUGGUAUCGGUUUUCAUGAACAUGGAGCUCUACUUGGUUGCCACAGGUUUCUUGAUUCUAGAAGGUGACAAUUUACAAAAUCUCUUGCCGGGUGUGGGAGUUGAGAUUGCUGGAGUACCAGUUGGUGGAAAACAAAUGUUUGUUGUAAUUGUCGCCCUCGUUAUACUGCCAACAGUCUGGUUGAGUAACAUGAACGUCAUCUCUUUUAUAUCUGCUAGCGGAGUUUUAGCUUCUGUUAUCAUCUUAGGCUCGAUUGUGUGGGCCGGAGCGCAUGAUGGUAUUGGAUUUGAACAGAAAGGAACACUCCUCAACUGGAAGGGAAUACCUACCGCCGUCAGCUUAUAUGCAUUCUGCUAUUGUGCCCAUCCAGUUUUUCCCACCCUUUACACUUCCAUGGAAAACAAAAAGCAAUUCUCCAAGGUGUUGCUCCUAUGCUUUCUCUUCUGUACUGUUACCUAUGCAUCAAUGGCAGUAGCUGGGUUCCUGAUGUUUGGUUCCAGCGUACAGUCGCAGAUAACACUAAACCUCCCAACCAAAACAUUCAGCUCAAAAGUGGCAAUAUACACCACCUUAGUCAAUCCUGUUGCUAAAUAUGCACUGAUGGUAACACCAAUAGUGAACGCUAUCGAAAAUCGCUUCCGGGCAUACUACAGUAAAAAGCCGAUUAGCUUCUUGAUCAGAUCCACCUUGGUGAUCAGCACUGUCAUCGUAGCCCUGUCCAUCCCCUUUUUCGGGGAUCUAAUGUCACUUGUCGGAGCAUUUCUGAGCGUCACAGCUUCGAUUAUACUUCCAUGCUUGUGUUACUUGAAGAUAUCUGGCACUUACCGAAGACUGGGAUUUGAACCCAUUGUUAUCGAGUUCAUCGUGUUACUGGGUAUUGCGAUUGUUAUCGUUGGAACUUACACUUCUGUUCUAGAAAUAUUAGGGCAUUUGUAAGCAAUAUCUGUCUCUGCUGACUUUGAAGUUGAUUUCAGUUUUGUAAGGCACUUGUAUGUUACUAAUAGACAGAAAAGUCUUGGGCUCAGUGAUAGUGUUUGUAUGGCAAUCUCAAGAACUUCUUUUAGUUACAAUUAAGCUUUUGUAUGGCAA